CAAGUAGUUUCCUUAUAUGCCGCUGCUUUGCUUUUCAACCUAUUUUCCAGCCCAUUCUAGUAGCUUUUUAAUCCACUAUUAUUACCAUCAUUAUCUUAUUAUUAUUCCCUUGUAUGAGUUUUAAUUAAUUAUUCCAUUUGCCUAAAAAACACUAAUUCUUCUUCUUCAAGAAAGUUGCCUAAACCUGUGGAAUUUUCAAACUUGGCGUUUGAGAAAAUUCAGGUAAUCAACUCAAGAUACCUUGUCUUAAACUCCGCUUCUAAAUCUUUGUCAGUGUUUUAGCGUACUCAACAACGUACAAGGUUGUAAUCUGCUGCAAAUAAAUUGAGUUGACAUCCUUAAAUGGACAAGAAACAGCACAUUGCCAUCUUCACUACUGCAAGCAUCCCAUGGCUAACUGGAACUGCUGUUAAUCCUCUGUUUCGUGCGGCCUAUCUUGCAAAAGAUGGUGCGAUGAAGGUCACUUUGGUCGUUCCCUGGCUGCCGUUGAUAGAUCAGGAACACUUGUUUCCCAACAAUAUCACGUUUAAUUCACACUUGGAGCAGGAAAAGUAUGUCCGCCAAUGGGUGGAAGAGAGGACUGGGUUUGCAUCGAAUUUUAGUAUACGUUUUUAUCCUGGAAAGUUUUCUCUAGAUCUAAGGAGCAUUCUUGCUUUGGGGGAUAUUACAGUAGUUAUCCCAGAUGAUGAAGCAGAUAUCGCUGUCCUUGAGGAGCCCGAGCAUCUUACAUGGUAUCAUCAUGGGAAGAGAUGGAAAGAAAAAUUUCGCAUGGUUGUAGGAAUUGUUCACACCAAUUAUUGGGAGAUUGUCAAGAGAGAGAGGAACAUAUUGGUAGCACUUCUAAUAAAGUACAUCAAUGGUUGGGUAGUUGAUAUCUAUUGCCACAAGGUCAUUCGGCUAUCCGCUGCAACCCAGGAUCUACCAAGAUCUGUGGUCUGCAAUGUGCAUGGAGUUAAUCCAAAGUUCCUUGAGAUUGGGCUGAAAACAAGAGAGAAGCAGCAAAUUGGCAGCCAAGCUUUCAGCAAAGGUGUCUAUUACAUUGGUAAGAAGUUGUGGAACAAAGGGUACAAAGAGCUACUUGAUCUUUUACGUGAUCAUCAAAAGGAACUUCCGGGAUUUGAGAUUGAUUUAUAUGGUAGUGGUGAGGAUUCUGCUCAGAUUGAUGUGGAGGCUAAGAAGUUGGAAUUAGCAGUUAGGUCUCAUCCCGGACGUGAUCAUGCAGAUCCUUCAUUUCACGACUAUAAGGUGCUGCUUAAUCCAAGUACCACAGAUGUAGUUUGUACAACCUCGGCUGAAGCAUUAGCUAUGGGCAAAAUUGUUGUAUGUGCCAACCAUCCGUCAAAUGAAUUCUUCAUGCAGUUCCCAAAUUGCCGAACAUAUGAUGAUGGUGAUGGAUUCGUUAAAGCUAUACUCAAGGCAUUGGCUGAUGAGCCUGCUCCCUUGGCUGAUACACAAAGGCAUGAGCUUUCUUGGGAAGCAGCAACCGAGCGCUUUCUUAGAGCAGCAGAGCUGGAUACUGUGCCAACAAAGACGCAAUCAAAGACUACUUCAGCUCCUCUUUCCUUGGCAUCAUUGAGUUUAACAAGAAAACUCGAGGAUGCAUCAGCCUUGGUACACUUCGUUGGGACAGGAUUUCUGAGCUCGCAACCUGAUGAAGAGCAAUGUAAAGAACUUGGCUUGAAAGUUCCUCCAAAGAAAACCGGAUUUUCUUCUGGAAAAUGGAUCUAAAGCUGAGCCCAGCGUCUGGCGAUUCAGAUUCUUUGUUACUAGCCAUAGAUCACUUAUUUUUUUUUUUUAGCCAGCAGGAAUGUAGGAGUUGUCGUUUGUUUUAGUGAAGGGUUUACAGGGUAGAUCAUCAACAAUCAUGGGAUUAAUUAAUCUGGUGUUGUAUAUUAACUAGCUGAUUCCAACUCGUUUGGGAUUUGAGGCGCUGUUGUUUGAUAUUAAGAUAAAUAUUCUGGUGUACAUAUUCUUAAUUAGGUAGCUGUAUCCAAGUUUUAUUUGGAAGGACAAAUCAACCAUCUUUUAUCCCAUUAGACAUCAUUUUAUGAU